AAAACACCACAGUGCACGAGCACACUAGAUAUUUCCUGAAGCAUUGCGGAAGAGAGGAGCGCCGCGAAUUCCUGAAAGUGUAGCUGGUCCCCGUUGAUACUGCAUCAUGUCUUGUGCGCACCUACUGUUGUUGAUGAGCUUGGCAUUGCCGAUGCGCACUGGCGCAGCUGUGGAGAUUCAGCGUCCACGCGGAGUACCACUAUCAAAGAGACAAUUCUAUGAGGAGAACAAGCCUUUUACCUGUCUGGACGGCUCCCGCACCAUCCCCUUUGACCGAGUCAACGAUGACUACUGCGACUGCAAGGAUGGCUCGGAUGAACCGGGUACGGCUGCCUGCCCCAACGGCAGCUUCCACUGCACAAACGCUGGCUUCAGACCCGCCUUCAUCCCUUCCUCCCGGAUCAACGACGGCAUCUGUGACUGCUGUGACACGACAGACGAGUACAACAGUGGUGCCACUUGUCAAAACACCUGCAGGGAGUUGGGGCGUAAGGAGAGGGAGAGUCUGCAGAUAAUGGCUGAGAUCACAAAGGAAGGCUUUAUGCUCAAACAACAGCUGAUACAUGAAGCUAAAAGGGGACAGGAGGACAAACAGGGCAAGUUGACUGAGCUGCAGGGAAGUAAGAAGGGUCUGGAGGAGAAGGUGGAGGCUCUGAGGACCGUGAAAGAAACGGCAGAGGAUCCAGAGAAAGAGGCUAAAGAGCGCCACCUGAAGGCUUGGGAGGAACAAAAAGAAGUCAUCCGUAUGGAGAAGGACAAAGCUAGAAUGGCUGCGGCUUUUCUGGAGCUGGAUGAUGACGCAGACGGCUAUGUUUCUGUGGCUGAGCUGCAGUCCCAUCUAGAGCUGGACCCAGAUUCAGAUGGGUCUCUGACGGAAACAGAGACUCAGGGAUUGCUGGGAGGCGCAGACAAAGUGGACACGUCAACAUUUGAAAGUGUGUGGAGUGGCAUCAAAGACAAGUACCUGUCAGAGGGCCAGUCGGACCCUCCUGCCCCUGUGGAGACCCCCCAGGAGGAGGAGACCAGGGACUUUGUCUCUGACCACGACUCUGACCAUUACCCAGAGGAUUACGCUGGAGAGGAGGAGGAUGUGGAGGACGACGAGGAAGAUGAUGAUCACGAGGAGGAGGAGGAAGAGGAGAAGGUCCCUCCCACCGUGCCGACCCCAGAGAAAAGAGAGGACGAUGAGGUGUCCAUGCCACCAUACGACGCUGAGACCCAGAGCCUUAUUGAUGCUGCCCAGAAAGCCAGGGAUGAUUUCGAUGAAGCUGAGAGGGCCCUCCGGGAAGUGGACGAUCAAAUGAAGAACCUUGAGAAGGAGAUUGGCUUUGACUUUGGGCCCAGUGCAGAAUUUGCAUACCUGUACAGCCAGUGCUAUGAAUUAUCCACUAGCGAGUACAUCUACAGGCUGUGUCCAUUCAAUAGGGUCUCCCAGAAACCUAAGUUUGGGGGAUCAGAGACCAACCUUGGCGUGUGGGGACAAUGGGUUGGUCCUGAAGACAAUUUAUACUCGGUGAUGAAGUAUGACAAUGGGCUGGGGUGCUGGCAGGGCCCCAACAGGUCCACCACAGUGAAGCUGACGUGUGGGAAGGAAACGGUGGUGACGUCCACGUCAGAGCCCAGUCGCUGUGAGUACCUUAUGGAGUUCACCACCCCCGCCGUGUGCCAGGAGCCACCCAGCCUGGACGAAGUCCUGCACGGACACACAGAGCUUUAGUGCUCCACACCAACAGGUAGGUUUCUCUUUAUGGACACAUGCUAGCCUCCCCACCCUGCUCUGCUCUGCAACAACCAGCUGCUGCACUCUGGCUUCACAAACUGGAAGAUGAAGAUUCAAAAUGGUUGCUGGUCCUUUACUCCUAUUCUUGUCUGUUGUUGCAUUAACUUGUUUGUCUAGGGUUAGUUAGUGUUUCAAUUAGGUUAAAUUUUUUAUUAAAUCCAUAAUUUCUUUUAAAAAUAAAGUCGAAUUUUUAAUAUGCUGAAUUGUUUUCUCCUAUAUUCCACUUUGCCAAUCAAUGUAAUCUAGUCUAGGAGAGCUGUACUUUAUCUAAGCAGGAUAGUCAGUAGAAUGUUAAGUGUGUGCUCUGUUGGCUCUAAUAGUACAGUAGAUGAUUAUGCCAAUGAUGUGCAUUAUGACGAUGGUGGGCAGUUUGUCUUAUGCGCAUCUAUGGUUUUGCAUUGUUACCUUCUGGAAACGACAACAAUGCUCAAUGUCAUCUUGUAAAAACAACAUGGGUCACUCAGAUUUGUAACCUUUUAUUUUUUUCUGGCAUGUAAAGUACAAAUAAUUAAACAAUUCCAUGAAAAAGUCUUCAAGCGUCUUCAGCUGAAAUCCCAGUAAUAAAUAUCCUAAACUAAACUGAAAGGUUUAUUUUCUUUGUUACAUUUUGUCAUUGUUCAUUUGGUCAUGUUUGGAAGUAUGAGAUUUUGAUAUCUUCCUACUGACAUUGAUGCCAGUAGAUCUGUUUUGAUCAUUUCUCCUUUGAUUUGAUCUACCAUUCCAGGAAAAUGUUGUAAGAAGAAUGUCACUAAGUUACUGUGUCCCCUCUUCUAAAUAAAUAGACACAAAAUACAGUUGGUUGAGAAACAGAAGAACCACUGACCCCUUUCCUAUACGAGUAACCCCCAACGAUGCUUUCCUCCUGGCUGCUGUUAGAACUACUGUACAUAGAACUCAGAUGUCACGUUGGAUUUCUGUGCUAUGGUCCUUCUAAUAACUACAGUAGUUCUGUUCAUCAGCAGUAGGAGGGAAAGCAUGUUGAGUGCACAUGGAGCCUCAGGCACUGCCUAAGGUCCAGGCUCCGCCCUGGAGCCUACAAUAGGCCACACCCCAGGCCCAGCCCAUGUCCUGACUGACACUCCCCAGGGUUCUCAGUGGCUGGAAAAACAAGACUGUGAUUUAGAUUAAAUAAUCAAAAGGUUUUCAUUUAACAAGACAAACAGAACACAGGCAGUAAAGGCAUAACAUCUAGCACACAGCAUGUAUGUUUAUACACUUCAAUUAGUUAAAUAUAGCAGUGCAUUCUUUGACUAUGGAGAACAUUUCCAAAUUGUACUUCUAAAGCUGUUUUUUAAUCUAUUUGUUCCCUUUUUAAGAAAGAAAAUGUAACCACAAUUUUGGCAAACUUAAAAUCUUUUAAACUUGCAAAUAUAAUGAAAUAAACCAUAAAUAUACACAAAACAUACUUUAUACGAGGCAAUAAUAAUAAUAAAUAGUUUUUAAGUUAACAAUAAGUUAAAACUACAAGCUUAAAGUCGCCCAAAUAAUACAAGUUUGUUGGCGCUAUCUUGAAUUUUUUCUGUUUAAAUUAUUUAUGUUGCAACAAAAGCUACCACAGACUUUUACAAACACAAUUGAACACAUUUUGAUUGAAAUAAAAUUCUAAGUCUAAAAUCUGCAUACACUAAGAAAGGUAACUAAUUAAAUAAUGGAAUGAAGAAAGAAAAAAAGACCCAAUCAAAGCAACCAAAUAAAAUCUUCGACCCAUGUGUGUCCUAUAUGGCAACGUCAACAACACAAAUACGCUAAGUUAACAUGUGAGUCUUGAUAUGUAAAAGAAAAUCAAUAAAUUACAGGAAAAAUGAUAAUUCUAAAAUCGACGUGGGCUAAAACUGAUUAUAUAUUAGACAGUAUCCCUUUCAAGGUCUUUUCAAUUAAAUUGCUCUUUUUUUAUUCACCCAAUAAUAAUAUGCAGUUAGUUUUAGCUUGCAUGUUCAGAGCACUAAUCCGGGGCUGGGAUUAUGGACAUUUUCAGAGCUCUCCAUCGGUGCUUGUUUGAUUCUCUUUAAUGAAUCAGUGCAUUAACACUUUUAUUUCUUUACAUUUGAUCCUUCCGCCUUUUCCGCAAACCAUUUCAGUGUGAUGUUUAAUUUCUUUUUCUUUUAAAAAAUAUAUAUAUAUUUUUGUUCUCAGUCAAUAUAAAAACAAAGCACAUUGCACUUACUGUUCCAUAGGAAAGUUUUUUUGUCUUUUUAAAUGAUUAUUUGUUUAUUGUUGCUCAAGCGGUGCAGUACAUUUGUCUCCUGCCAUUGUCCUUGGCUCUCUACCUUAUGUAGGUGUGGGAAGAGAAGAGGGUCUCUGUAUUGGCUGUGUAAGAUGGGACAGUUUGUUGUUGGUCUAGUCUAGGGUGUGGCCUAGGGCCUGUUGUUGGUCUAGGGUGUGGGGGAACUGGGCUGGAACUGUACCCCAUAUCACAAGUGGGACUACCACUUCAACUGCAGCUCAACAACGUGGCCUAUUUGCUGUUCUGUUCCCAAGAUUCACAUCUGGUCUCCUAAAGUGAUGCUGUAUCAGUCCUACUGUGCUACCUUCUCUUGAGUAUGGGCACAACUCAUUGAAUGGGGAAGGUGUGGGGUGGAGUUAAAUUAUGACAGGGUGUUAUUGUCUGACAUUUCAUGUUAGUUUGUUUUGGUUGGCACACAACCAAUAUACAACUGGGGCACAGUAAGAAAUGGAAUGGUCAGGGUUAGAAAGAGGCUGAUGGUGUAACAGUGGAAGAGCAUAGGGUUAAACUGAAACAAUGCUGUCAUACUCUGAUAUAUUGGAUUCCUAUUGUGAGCGGAUGGUGUGAAUAUUACAGUAUUGAGGUUCAAGAGACACUUGUGGAACUGUCGUGUUUUUUGCUGAAAGGUGAAUUCUUUGUAUACAUUGUUGUAGGUUUGUGGUAAGCACCUGUGCAAAUGGGCUAAAUUAUAUGUACUCAACAGAUAUGUUAACCAAAAGAUAUUAGUCCAUUCUGAUAUAAUUUGAUAUGAACAACAGAUAUUUCUGCAAGCGCUAUGGGGAUUUAAAAUGAUAAGGGAUCUUCAUGCAAUAAAUGAUAAUGGUUUAUAGAAGAAUUAUUAGGGGAACGGUUAGUAGUAUCGACUGAAUUAUUCCUUAUUGACACUCAUAUUCCAAAUUCUUUGGCUAUAUCUUAAUUCAAAUAUACCUAAUCAUCAUUGCGUUGAAAGGACGCUUUAUUGAGAAUCUACUUCAAGCCUUUCUGUUUCAAACCAGCCCAAGGUGUCUGUGAGGACAAAUCAUUGGGCCUGACUCACUGUCUUUACUGCAGCCUGAUUUAAGUGUCUCCUUUGAAAGCAAUACACUUCACUGCACAAUCAUUGAAGCAACACUGACUGUACGCAACUUCAGAGAAAGCCAUAUGUGUUUGUCUAGUUUACACUCAAAGAUUGCAGUAUUAGUAAUGCAGAUGUGUGUCUGUAAAGUUUGAUUCCUAAUCAUUGAAUUGGUUUGUGUUGAUGUGUAUUUGUUCUAUUUCAAUGUCUUUGUUUAUGUUUUCAAUAGUUUGUUUAUAGGUUGUGGUUGAAAAAGUAAGGUUGUGUGAGAUAACUUCUCUUCUUCGCCCCCUUUCCUCGACCCCCACCUAUACACCGCAUGCAGGCUCUCCUCCCUCUCUCUCUCAAAGAUCAAAGGUCUUAAAAUACAGCCAUGCGGUGUCCCAUGUUUUCAGAGUUUUAAGAAUCUGUAAAAAUUCAGCACAAGGUCUUGUUCUUUUGUAUGUAUAAAAAUAGAUUUAUCUCUAAAGUAAUCCUUUCAAAGAGAUGGUUGUCCUCUUUGGCUAACACAGCGUUAUUUAGAAAAGCAAAAAUGUCUUGAACACACUUUACCUUAUUUAAUCUAUUAUAUGCAGAUGUCUUUAUAUUGUAAUCCUAUCUCUCCCCAUGAAACGUCUUGUCAGAUAUUUCUGACAGACAGUCACCAAGACUAUGUUGUCGUUAUAUUUUCAUCAAGGGGUGUCACAAAUGAUUUCCAUGGGUUUGUUGAUAUAUUUUUUAAACAUUCUAGCUAGGUGAUAGUGCCGAUCAGAUGUUGCAAAUCAACAAUCACUUUUUAAAUUGCCAAUGUGAGAUAAACAAACUUGUUACUGUUGGUUUCUGCAGGCUUGAUUUCUUCUAUUUUGACAGGGCAGGCAGGGUUACAAUGAGAGUGAUUAUAAACUGAUUCUCAGGAGCUUCUAUAAAGUGUCAUAUAAGGGGUUUGAAUGAAACUGAGGAGUGUUUAGCGAACUGAGGAACAGGUAAGAAGCUGUCUCACUCUCUGGGACUCAGUGAGGAGAUAUCACAGAGUCAUGACGGAAUCUCAACCUAAGUCAAAACUACCGUCCUCUCAAUCUGAUCCAUGCAUAAUGGUGAUGUUGAGCCUGUCUAGCCAGGCCAAUCAUUUCCAUUGAAUUGCAAAAACCUUCUCAUUCCCUUGGAGGGGUGUUAUAUCUGGUUGGGUGUUUUGGUAAAGUGGCUCUGUGAUUUGGUGAAAUGACUUUGCUCUAAACUCACGGUCCCUAGUCUCUCAGAGAAUUGUACAUGAACACUGUCUCCAUGGGAACACUAGCUGGGACAAUGCUCUACUUUGUUCACACAGACAGCUCUGUUUGUGGUGGAAUCCAUCAAUUCUACUCUCUGAAUAGAAGAAGCAGAGUGAAAAAAUACAGGGAGAUUAUUGGAUGUCAGUGAUGUUCAGUAUUCUAGUGUUGUUUUCCCCCUAACAGGGCUGAUAUGUGUGACUGUGUGUUUCUGUAGUGGAUGUGUUGUGUUUUCUCUCAGUGUGAGUGAGACUAUCUGUGUUGUGUAAUUCUGGUGGCCUUCAGGCUGCUUGUCUUUGUGACCAGUAUCUGUUCAGUUUGAUAA